GUUCACUAUAUAAACAGUGGCGAGGCGUGUGUUAUUUCAUCAACCAUCACAACGCAAAAUAAACAAGUAGAAGCUUUAAAAGAGAGAGAGGGAGAGAGAGAAAUGGCGACGUCAGGAACAUACGUGACGGAGGUUCCGUUGAAAGGAACAGCGGAGAAACACUACAAGAGGUGGAAGAGCGAGAACCAUGUCUUCCCUGACGCCAUCGGCCACCACAUCCAAAAUGUCACCGUUCACGAGGGCGAACAUGACUCCCAUGGUUCUAUCAGGAGCUGGAACUACACCUGGGAUGGAAAGGAAGAGAUGUUCAAGGAGAAGAGAGAGGUAGACGAUGAGAACUUAACGUUGACGUUAAGAGGACUUGAGGGUCACGUGAUGGAGCAACUCAAGGUGUAUGAUGUCAUCUACCAAUUUAUCCCCAAAACUGAGGAUACCUGCGCCUGCAAAAUCACUAUUGUGUGGGAGAAGCGCAACGAUGAUUCUCCUGAACCAAGCACCUACAUGAAAUUCGUCAAGAGCCUGGUGGCCGACAUGGACCACCACGUCAACAAAGCUUAAUCAUUAUAACCAUCACCACCAUCAUCAUUAUCAUCAUCAACAUCGCACCAUCACCAUCAUCACUGUCUCUACUUACUUAUUGAGGUGUUUAUCAAUAUAAUAAAGGGCGUCUUGUACGUGGAGUUUUUUUUUUUUUUUGUCACGGAUACCGGGAUACGUGGAGUUUAAUUUUAUGUAAUUGUCUGGUUCCGCAAGAUGGUUUGAUAUGUUGUCAUGGUCAUCAUCGAGUUCGAUGUAAUGAUUCUUAUGAAUAAUGUACGUUCUUCAGUAAUCUACUUUUUCAGUCUUCAGUAUAAGUACAGCUUUUCAUAGAUAUAAAUCUAGUGCCAUUGGUUGAUUUGGAUGAGCGUGUUUUCUUUUUCUUUUGUUAAAUUACGUAUAAACGGCUGUUUCUAUAGUCCUUUCUAUAAAUAUGCGGUGAAAGAAAAGCACUAGUUUUAGAUUUAACCAUUGAACAUGGGUGAUACAUAAUCGCAAUCACGUGUUGUGUUUAAGAAAAAAAAAUCUCAAUCACUUGUACUGUUGUACAGAUAUAUUAAAAGUGCAUGAUUGUAAAAUUUAUGCGUUGACACGACCAUAAGGGGCAGUGGCAGUGUGGCGGCCAUGCCAUCAUCUCCAGAUAUAUUAGGAUAUAUUAUCUAACAUUGAAGUUUCCAGGCACAUCAAUUUUAUAUUGUAACAUACCUAGCUAAUCCGUUAAGUUAUUACUGGUCUGUGUCCAUGGGUAACUCAUGCAUUGUAACUACCCAUCCUUCAAGGGGAUGAUAUGAACAUGAUAAGUGCAUGGAUGGUCGGCUUAAGGUCAUAAUUAACCAGUAGGGGCCAUAUGCAGUUGAUUCUAUUUAUUGAUGAGAAAACAGAUUUGAAUAUUUUAAUUAUUCUUUCUUUCUUCUAAAAUAUACAAUGGAGUAUUUUCCAUAGACAGAAACCGCAAGAGCAUGAAUAGGGGAUAAUCAUAAGACCAUGCACAACGGGAGUACACGACGAAGCCUUAGCACGAAAACUUAGGUAAAACCGAAUAUAAUAAUAUUACUUAGGUUAAUCGACGUAAGGAUUGGUCCGUGGCCAAGGCUUUUAAGAGAUUGAUCCUUAGCAAUGUGUCAACUCCUGAGUGGGACGGGGUCGGUUUGAUUUUGGGUUUGGUUAAAAAAAAAUGGUCAUUCUCGACGGAGACCGAAAAAAAAAGGAGAGCUUGAGGAAAGGCGAUAUUUGCCGUUUGAAAUCGAUCGUCUUCACGAAGGUAAAUCGAAGCGUAAACCUGUAUUUUUGAUCUUUUUAGCUUAGUUUUCAUGUAGAUUCGUCUCAUUUUAGUGGUUCGGUGAUGCGUUUGAAACGAUUUGGGUUUCGAUUGAAAUUAGGGUUUAAAAAAAAUUUGGGGUUAAAUCGAUUUGGGAUUUAUAUCCAGUAUGGGGGUUUGUAUAAAGGGUUUUGACAUGAUUUCGGUUUCAAUCUGAAACGGAUUUGUAUCUUAUUUCUUAAACGGUUUCGAAAUGAAAUAUGUUUUCAACGGAAGAGGAUUUUCUCUUUUUUCUCAAGGGUUUCUCAACCUUUUAGGUUUCAUAUGUGUUCACUUUCUUUGGGUUGUUUCAUGUUGUUCAAAACUUAUGUUUCUCGGUAAGGUUGUAAUAUUUAGCCACGACUGAACUUGUAUUCGGAUCCUACUACAAGAACCACUUCUGUUUAGCUAAUGAACUUUUUAUGUAUCAAAUGCUUUGUGUCCUCUUGUUCUUACGUUUAAUUCAUUGAUGUUGUGUUGAACUCACUAAAAUUUAAGAGUUUAACUCAUGAACUUGUUUGAAUUAAGCGACUUGAGUAAAAACAUGGCUUAAUAUUUCAAGGAAGGCAGGGCUUCUCUAUUCUCGGUGACAUCAAGACGGAGAAACAUAUCACAAGGUUAGCAAAAGACCAAACAUAUCACAAGGUUAGCAAAAACAUGGCUUAAUGGAAUUUAAGAUGAUUAGAAAUGAGAUUGUAUGAAAUAAUACCAUAUAUGUUUAAAAUUUUAACAUCUAUAACCAAAAAAGAUUGGUAAUAAGAUGAUUUGAAAAUGAUAAAUUAGAUGAUUAGAAAUUGGGAUUUUAUGGAAUAAUACCAUAUAUGUUUCAAAAUUUUAACAUCUAUAACCAAAAAAAUUUUUGGUAAUAAGAUGAUUUGAAAAUGAUAAAUUAGAUGAUUAGAAUUUGGGAUUUUAUGAAAUAAUACCAUAUAUGUUUAAAAUUUUAACAUCUAUAACCUUAAAAAAAUUGGUAAUAAGAUGAUUGGAAAAUGGGAAAUAAGAUGUUAUUUAAAUGAUAUAAAAAACUAAACUUAAUAUUUUAUUUUUAAAAGGAGGGAAACCUAAAAUGUCAUCAUCAUCAUCAUCAUCCGAUGAAAUCGAUGAAAGAUU